AUCCAGCUCUGUUGUGGAUGAGAGGGAUCGAGGCUGCCUCUCACAACAGCGCACCGUCGCAUUUACUCAUUAGUGACAAUCGACGACAUAACGUUACAAGAAGUAACUUUUGAAUCAGUUCGGAUAGGCCGAUCUUCUGUUAUUGGUGGCUGGGGGGGGGACGUUCCGGGCAGCAGCCUGCCAGCUGAUAUCAGGUUGUGAACGGACUCCCUGCAAGCGGGCACGUUGCACGCAGAACAGCGUUAUUCCGCCGCGGCUCGGACUACUGCACAACCCCGCUGGAUGACGCGGAUUAACUGAAGAAACGGAGGUGUCGCAUCUUAAGUGUUGUGCCUCUGCGGUGAUAAAUGUCAGCCAGUCCUGAUAUUUGCAUGGGUCUUUCUCCUCAACCGAAAGAUCUCCCCUGGCGGACUGAACAAACGAGUCGACUGUAACGAAGCUACGCCUGUCCUCGGUGUGCUUGUGGUCUGACGGAACUCACAGACAUCAAAGCUCCCUCUUCUUGCUGUCUCCUCCUUCUGCUUCUGUUAGAGUGGGGGAUGUCUUUUUUCUAACACCUCUCAGCCUACUAAUCUACUAGAUUUGUACAACUGCGUCUCAACACUGGACAUGGAGGACUAUGACGUUCGCUCGGCCGCCAGCAUCCUGGCCUCGGUGAAAGAGCAGGAGGAGCGUUUCGAGCAGCUGACCCGAGCCCUCGAGGAGGAGCGUCGCAACGUCACGCUGCAGCUGGAGCGCUCCGCCGCUCCUCCCAACCCGCCUACCAUCCAGCCGCCGGCGUGGCAGCAGGUGGUGAUGCAGGAGCAGAGCCCCAGCAACGCCACGUCCCUGGCUAUGAUGCAGGAGCCACAGGAGGUGGUGGAGGAGACGGUCACCAUAGAGGAGGACCCCGGCACCCCCACCUCCCACGUCUCCGUGGUCACCUCUGAUGACGGCACCACGCGGCGCACCGAAACCAAGGGUAUCUCAUCUAACCUGAAGGUGACAAAGAUGGUGAAGACGGUGACCACGCGGACGGUGCGCCAGGUGCCCCUGGGGCCCGACGGCUUGCCCCUGCCCGAAGGCUCCUCCCCACUGGGCAGCUACACCGACUCCAUCGACCGGCGCUACAUGAAGAAUGGAGGCGACCGCUUCAUCACCCCUCAAGCCACCUCCACCCUGACGCGCUCCUACAACAACUCUUACAACGACUCGUAUGGCGAGGCGCCCGAGAGCCAGUACGUCCGCCACUACGGCCUGCACGACGGCUACGUCGAUCUGACCGACAACUACGGCAGCCUGUCCCGCGGCGUCAACUUCCGGCCGCCGCGCUACCCCUACCUGCCCAACAGCUACCGGCCGGAGAACAGCUACACGCUGCCCAUUCGCAAGGACGACUACGGCCACGUGGCCCAGCCGCAGGUGCCUGUGGGCAGCAGCGCCGUGGACCUGAACCGCUCGCAGCCGGAGCGCUUCCAGGCGGAGCCGUACGGCCUGGAGGACGACCGGCGCAGCUUGGGCCCCGAAGAGGAGGAGCCGUACGAGCUGGAGCCCGACUAUUCCACCGCCAACCGCCGCACCCUGCAGGGCGCCAACCGGGGUCGCACCCACCGGGAGCCUCUUCGGGACAUGCCCCGGGUCAGAGGGUACCCAGACGAGGCCAUUGAGGCAGAGCUGAUCGACGAGCGCCACCCCUACAUCCACGGCAUGUAUUCGGCGCCACUGGCCCAGCCGGAGAGGGGGAGCAUGGCCAGUCUGGACCGCAUGGGCGGCCGGCGCUCGCCGUCCAUCGACAGCAUCCGCAAGGACCCGCGCUGGCGUGACCCGGACCUCCCCGAGGUCAUCGCCAUGCUGGGCCACCCCAUCGACCCGGUCAAGUCCAACGCCGCCGCUUACCUGCAGCACCUGUGCUACGAAAAUGACAAGAUCAAGAAGGACGUGCGUCAGCUGAAGGGGAUUCCGGUCCUGGUGGGGCUUUUGGACCACCCCAAAUCCGAGGUCCACCGCAAGGCCUGCGGGGCCCUGCGCAACAUCUCCUACGGCAAGGACAAUGACAACAAGGUGGCCAUCAAGGUCUGCGACGGCAUCCCGGCCCUCGUCCGCCUGCUGAGGAAGACCAACGACAUGGAAGUUCGGGAGCUCAUCACCGGGACCUUGUGGAAUCUGUCGUCCUAUGAACCCCUGAAGAUGGUGAUCAUCAACCACGGUUUGCAGACCCUCACCAACGAGGUUAUUAUUCCGCAUUCGGGCUGGGAGCACGAGCCCAACGAGGAUUCCAAGCCCCGCGAUGCCGAGUGGACCACCGUCUUCAAGAACACCUCUGGCUGCCUCAGGAACGUGAGCUCAGAUGGGGCAGAGGCUCGGCGCAGACUGAGGGAAUGCGAGGGAUUGGUGGACGCCUUGCUGCACGCUCUCCAAUCAGCUGUAGGGAAGAAAGACAUGGACAACAAGUCUGUGGAGAACUGUGUUUGCAUCAUGCGGAACUUGUCCUACCACGUCCACAAAGAGGUGCCGGGGGCCGAAAGGUUCACGGACCCCUCGGCGCUGCACGCUCCUGGCUCUACAGGGCCGCAGAGGAAGAAAAAGGAUGACGCCGGCUGCUUCGGAGGCAAGAAGGCCAAAGAGGAAUGGUUUAAUCAAGGUCGGAAGAACGGUGAGAACGACAAAAACUACGACACGCUGGACCUUCCCAAGCGCUCAGAGCCGUCAAAAGGCUUUGAGCUGCUGUAUCAGCCUGAAGUUGUGAGGCUCUACCUAUCUCUGCUGACGGAGAGCCAGAACUACAACACCCUGGAGGCCGCCGCCGGGGCUCUGCAGAACCUCAGCGCUGGACAGUGGACCUGGUCCAACUACAUUCGAGCCACGGUGCGUAAGGAGAAGGGUCUUCCCAUCCUGGUGGAGUUGCUGCGCUCUGACUCCGACAAGGUGGUCCGAGCCGUGUCCAUCGCCCUGCGCAAUCUGUCCAUCGACCGCCGCAACAAGGACCUGAUCGGGAGUUAUGCCAUGCGGGACUUGGUGAGCAACCUGCCAAGCGGCCAGCAGCGGCCCGCCAAGAACCUGGAGGAGGACACCGUGGUCGCCAUCCUCAACACGAUCCACGAGAUCGUAACGGACAGCUCUGAGAACGCGCGCUCCCUCGCCCAGGCUCAGGCCAUUGAGAAGCUGGUCGCCAUCAACAGGACUAGCCAAUCGGCUCGCGAAACCAAGGCGGCGUCCCACGUGCUGCAGACGGUCUGGAGUUACAAGGAGCUGAGGAACGCUUUGACCAAGGACGGCUGGAACAAAAGCCACUUCCAGACCACGAUGGCUACCACCCCGAAAGCAACCAAGAACGGCAAGCCAGGCUACGACGACACCACCCUGCCCCUGAUGGAGAAGAACCAAGAUGGUUACUCCACCAUUGACCAGAGGGACAAGGACUGCAAAUACAAGACAGUGGACGGCUCGGUGGACCAGACGGAACGGGAGCCAUUAAAGAAUGACACAAAUAGGAAACACUAUAUCAGGACUAACAGGCCUGCAGUCAGUCUGGUGGACGCUUGUGACGUUAAGCCGCAGCCUGUUGACUCCUGGGUCUAAAUGCAUGCAUGGCUUAAAGUAAAGACGCCCCAGCUAGAGAAGGAUCUCUCAUAUCAUCACUGCCAUUUGAAGUGGAGCUCAUCUUUGGAGUUGGACUUUGUACAGAAAAGAGGAUUUAAAGAGAAACCUAUGACGAGGACAGCAACUACCCAGCAGCAGUCAAGAUUUUCAUGCUUUUCAGAAAAAGUAAAAAAAAUAAAAAAAGUGACUAUUCCUAAUACUUUCUCAAAUCUACAUUCCCACUGGACUUCAUGUGAAUUUUACCGUGUUGAGCUCUGCCGGUGACCAGGAGCAGAUGAAGGGCCGGUGCAGGUGAAGGACUGGACAGGGGAAGGGCGAAAAACGUGAGGCGGAGGAAAUCAAUAGAAAAGGAAUGUGUGUUAGAAGGAAAUUUGGGGGAAGCUUGAAUGGAUGGUUUCUGCAUUUCAGUUUUCACAUCUGGAUGUGAAACACACCUCUGGAUUUUGUACGUUUUGCAGGACUUUUCUGCUAGUUUGUUGUCAGGCUUUGUUAGUUUGAUAUGAACAGGUGAUGUUUGAAGGUCACAGAAUGUUGUUUGCACAUUGGUGGGAUGGACACGAGAAAGUAAAAUAAGAGGAGAAGAACUGUACUAUAGCGGAUAAACACACACACGCAGCCGUCUGCUCUUGUAGACUCACAAUGCUUUUGGUCUUUGUUUUUUUUUAAGUGCAUUGAGAUGCUUAAAAAAAAGAAAAAAAAAAGUUGAUUGACAGGUGAUGUUCAUUUAUGAAGUGAGGAUUCUUCAUGUUGUGGCUCGAAAAGAAAGCAAAGUGACAUAGUGUGAACAUCACAACGAGUGACCGUUCACAGUGCAUCGGUUUAAGCUACAAUGGAAAUCAAGCGUUUCUGUUCCAUCGUGGUCGUCAUGGUGACCCUCACUCACUGAGCUGUGGUUACUUACGACCACUCAUAUUGUGUAGCGAUGCAGUUUCAUGAGUUUCCUGGGUGGUUGCUCUUUGUCAAUGAUGUGUAUUAAAGAGGAUAUAAGGCAUUUUGUGGAUAAAUGAUUCUUGUUUCGGAAUAGAGAGGUGGACGUUUUUCGUAGAUCUAAAAGCAGUUUUUAUUUUUGUUGGAUUUUAUAAAAAUGUAUAUUGGGUUCAAAAGGCAGAAAAAAAAGAAAAAAAAAAUGGAGGAGAAAAAAACCCAACAAAAAUGACAGACGUCUUAGUUGUAUAUUAAUAUCACAUUGUUUGCAAAGCACAUCUCAUUUGAUAAAGGCUCACCGUGUUUGUAAACAAGAAAUAACCACGUAACUUAAAUGUGUGUCAAAUAUUGUUGAGUCACGCCGAAGAUCACCUAUUUAUAUUUUGUAUUUGUCCAAAAGAAUUCACAGAAAAAAGUUUAUUUGCAGUGUUCUUUCAAGAGGCCAUGAGUUACACGUUGUCAGACAGCCCCUGAAUCUUUGAACAAGGAACUCUGGAGAGGUCAGAGGUCACACUAAUGACAUAAUAAGGAGACUGCAGUGUUAAUAAAAGUUAUUCCUUAAAAGUUAUUUUUUCUUUUCAAUGCAUUUAUGCCAAGUUACCGGCAACCCCGAACUCUCCUUCACCGGCGCAUCUUUAAAAAUAUUACGUCGUAAGCAUGAAGAACUGUACAGAUGUUUAUAUUCUAUUGUUUCCAAGUGCCAGUUUUUUGUGGUGUCAUUUGGAUAUUAACUAAUUCAAUUAAUGUGCAAGAAGAGCGUACGGGAGGGCGAGUGGAUCUGGAUGUUUAAGGCAAAACAAACGAGUUACAUCGCCACUGUACAAAAAACAGAACAUCAUGUUUGGUCACAUAGAAUAUAUUUUUACAACGCGUCGGGGUCGGCAGAUGAGAUGGCAGAGAAAUACAAAAUCGUAAUGACGUUUUUCUCUUUCUCGGUGAGACUUCGCACUAAGUCCAGUGAACCUAAUCUCCUUUCCAGCCUCUGUCUUUCGGAGCAACGGAAAUAGAAUCCAAUUCAAGUUGGCGUCACUCAUGCGUCAUCAAGGCGAAUGGCAUGUGCCUGCAUUGAAGUCUGAUUUUUUUUUCUUUGUGACGUAUGUGACUUUAUGAAGCUUGCAUAUUUUACACAGUGUUUACAAAGAUGUAUGUUGUGGUAAAAAUCAAUAAACUACAAAAAAACUUAGUGUAUAGAUUUUAAUUUCAAAGGUUUAAAAAAAAAAAAAAAGUGAUGACACCCGACAUCCCCUUUGUGUGUCCUCAGAAGUGUGUGCUUUCAUUUGGACAGCCCUGAACCCCGGCGACUCUUCACUGCACCUCACAGUUCCACAACCAAAGGAUUUCCAGUAGUAUUUACAUGCAUUCAUAAAGGGGGGGUCGGGGGGUGGUUGGUUUUUGCGGGAAAUGCGGGACACGGACAGACAUCGAGUCACACAGACGUACCUGUGUAGAUAGAACUGAUUCCAGAAGGUCAAAGUAAAGUAACUGUACUACUCGGUAGCAGAUGUGUUUGUACCUUUCAUGUGCCUUAAUCUUUUCCAUGAUAGAUAAAGAUAAGUGUGUUUUAUAUAACUUCAUUCCUCCCUUUCAUCUGUCCAUUCUGUCUGUUCACACACCCCCCGCCCCCCUCCUCCCUUUUGCUUUCACUCAAGUCACUCAUUCGGUCAUCCUGCACCCCCUUUGUCUCCCCCCCUCGCCACCCACAACCCCUGGUAGGAUAGACUGUUGGUGGGUUUCUGCAUUGUAUUACAUUUAUUAUAAACUUUUAAACAGACAGUCAUUCAAACAAUGAUUUUAAUUUCCUAGAGGAGUGAAGUUCUUAAUGCUUUGGUAGCGAGCAGAAGCGAUGCCACAGUGAGAAUGUAUUGUGUUAAUUUUACUAAUACCCAAAUCACACUUGUUAAACAUAACGGAAAAUACCAGCUUGUAGAGUAUACAUUUGGUGUGUUUUCAAUAAAUCAUGCCUGGAAUGAUA